AUGGAUACGAAUGGGAUAUAUAUUCUGGGCUUUGCCUCUACCUCUGGAGCCAUCGCCCAAUUUAUUUUCAAAGAUCUAUGGCUCGAACGUCAUUCUCUCGCAUCUCAGUUGAAGGAAAAUUUUAAUUCAUUGGAUGCGAGAGUGUCCAAUCUGGAAUCACUCAUUUCUAGCAAACCCUCACCGGUCCAGGAUGACCCGAAUCUGAGAUGA